UGAAUAUGUAGGCAGGUUACUCUACAUGCACACACACACAGCCAUCCACGAAUGUUAUACGUCUACUACAUGUAUGUAUAGGUGUAAACCUGACGUCUUUUCUUUUUCCCAAUGUGUCUCCCAACGCAUACAUUGAUCAGGCAGUGAUGCCUAUGAGUUUCCUGUUUGCCGACCUAAAAAAAACCUCUUGUUUCUAUAGACUUCAUCUUAUAUCCAAACAAGCCUGCAGCCAUAUCACCCAAUACAGAGCAACCCUCCCAUUCACCAGCACCCGCUUCCCUUUUUCAGCCAUGACUCUUCCAAAAUCUAAGCCCCGGAUACCAUCACCAUCAUCAUCAGUAGAUUCGAUAUCCGAGGACCCAAACUAUGACAAUAGCAACAUCACCUACCUGUGCCAUAAGGACUCUAUCUCCCCAAAGAUUGAGCUAUCCGAGGCCCAGGUCGAUGCCAUUCUCAUGGAACGCAAUCUGAACCCAGACCCGAUGGUUAUACAUGCUCGCGAGUACCAGCUUGAAAUGUUUGAGGAAAGUCUCAAGCAUAACAUAAUCGUUGCGAUGGAAACUGGCACAGGUAAAACACAAGUUGCUGUACUCAGAAUUCAGGCCGAGCUUGAAAAAUCCACCCCCGAGAAGCUUAUUUGGUUCUUAGCCCCUACCGUGGCUUUAGGCGAGCAGCAAACCAGGGUACUAACAUCGCAGAUUCCAGCCGUCCAGAUCAAGUUUCUCAGUGGUGCGGAUGGUCUAGAUACUUGGUCGGACAUUCGUAUAUGGAAUGACUAUUUGAGAAAUGUUCGCGUUGUUGUCUCAACUUACCAGGUCCUUCUCGAUGCAAUAUCGCAUGCCUUUGUUCCUAUUGAUCGGCUCUCCUUGAUAGUAUUUGACGAAGCGCACAACUGCGUCGGGAAACAUCCCGGAAGCAAGAUUAUGGAGCGGUAUUACAAGAACAAGAAUGCCGGCCUUCCAAUUCCAUCAAUACUCGGCUUAACAGCAAGCCCCAUCAUGAAAUCGAAGAUUGAAGCUCUAGAAAUCAUCGAGCAGACACUAGAUGCCGUAUGCAGGAGUCCGCGUAUUCACCGCGAGGAGCUCCAGUCCAUCGUGAAGCGGCCGACUGUCACUUACUCCCUCUAUUCCGAUACUAAUAAUACGUCCUUCACUAAAACCACGGUGAGUCUAAUCGGCGUGUAUGACAAUCUAGACAUAUAUGAGGAUCCGCAAGUCAUCUACUUGCAAGGAGAGAAUAGUGAACGUAGUCGAAUAGAGCUGAGGAAGGCUCUCGAGACUAGAAGCACGUUUGUCCAGAAACAGAUGAUGUCUUUCUUGAAUAAGAGCAUCGAGAUCCAGCGACAACUUGGAUCAUGGGCUGUAGAUUACUUCAUUUCUACCGUCAUCUCUCAGUUCCUCAAGUCGGUGAAGGAGAAUGAUGUGUUGUUCAGUGAAUGGUGGAGGGACGAUAAAAAAUACCUUGCGAGCGCCUUAGAACAGGCAAAGAUAACAGCACUGCCACCUUUUGAGGAUGCCAUCGCCAGCAAUAGUAUUUCCGACAAGUUUGCAGCCCUCGUGCGAGAGCUCUCACUUGCGGCUGACGAAAACGAAACCAUUGGCAUCAUCUUCGUGAAGGAGAUCGCGUCGGUUGUUGUCUUGUCACACAUGCUCUCGAUCCACCCGCUACUAAAGAAGCGGUUUCGUGUUGGCAGUAUGGUUGGCGUAAAUAAUUACACAGGUCGAAAAAGGGAUCUAAGUGGCCUCAACCGAACCAGUGGUUAUCAAGAUCUGCAGGACUUCCAAAAUGGCAAAAUCAACCUACUUGUAGCCACGAGUGUUCUAGAAGAAGGAAUCGAUGUUCCAGCCUGUAAUAUGGUCGUAUGCUUCGACAUGCCCAGUAAUCUGAAGGCGUUCAUUCAGAGGCGAGGAAGAGCACGGAUGAGGGAAUCCAAACUUGUUCUGCUGACGGAUACUGCUACGUGUAAGGUUGAUGAGUGGACAGCACUUGAAGAAGAAAUGAAGAAGCGGUAUGCCGAGGAGAUCAGACGAGAGCAGGAACUAUUCGAGCUCGAAGAGUCUGAACGACCGCAAGUUGAACCUCUUCUCGUGCCAGAGACGGGAGCUUGCCUUGACUUCGACCAAGCGAAAGCGCACCUGGAACACUUUUGCAAGGGUCUCUCGCUUCAGUCAUACUCCGAUACACGGCCGUACUAUAUAUUCAAACGAACAAAUGCAUCCUCAGAAGACUUCCCACUGAUAGCAGCAACGGUAGUCCUGCCCUUGUCGCUACCUAACCUCCGACGAGUAGAAAGCAGUAGAGUCUGGUACUCCGAGAAGAAUGCUAGCAAGGAUGCUGCUUUCCAAGCUUAUAUCGCCAUCUACAAGGCUGGCCUUCUCAAUGACAAUUUAUUGCCCCUGAAGGACGAAUCUCUGCGGCAAGCCCAAUUAAGAGACUCAGAGGUCUUGGUGCGUGGGCGAUGGAGCCCCUGGCCACGAAUCGCCCAAGCUUGGUGUCGCCCGGCGGAGGUUUACCAACGCCGAGUGCGUCUAAUAGACCAACAGGACAAUGUAACGUGCGAAUUUGAUGUCUCGAUGCCGAUUUUAUUUCCACACUUGGAAGACUUUGAGGUUUUCCUAGCCGCAACAAUAUUCUGGAGAGUCGAAACGAGCGACGUAAAAAUAUUGCCUGCACAUGAUCUCCAAACUGAUCAAAGUCAAGCAUUAAUAGAUCUAGCGUACCGUCAUCGUCGUGUAGAGCUCAAGGGUACUGCCAUGCAACACACACUACAUGUUCGAUCACCCACCCAGGAUAUCCCAUUCCAACGAUUGGUUGGCCAAGACCCAAUCGAAGUAGCUCGUCUUGACGAUACAGCAGCCAUACGCACAAGUGACGGGAAUCUCUCCCUUUUCAAGAAAUGGCUGCCCUGCUAUGACCCAUCGAUACAGUUACCGUACACGCUGAGAGAGGAGCCGACUGAGGGUCCUUUUUUGAUAGUUGAGAAAUGGCCACGACGGAGGCCCUCGUGGGUAAAACCAGUCGAACGUACUUCUCAAAGAUUACAGUCAGCCUGGCCUGUAAGUUUGUGCCGAAUGGACGGCACCCAUAUUUCUAACAUCUACUUUGGUGCUAUCAUCCCCGUCCUCAUGCACAAGAUAGAAGUCAGCUUGAUUGUUACCGAGCUAUGCAAUACCUUAUUGAAAGACGUUGGGUUUUCGGAUAUGUCUUUGGUUACUACUGCGAUCAGCGCCCCAGCAGCCCUGGAGACGACACACUACCAAAGACUGGAGUUUCUUGGCGAUAUGAUUCUCAAGACGAUUACCACUGCCACUGUGACAGCUAAUAACCCGAACUUCCCAGAGGGAUAUCUUGACGCCAUGAAGGCAAAUAUAGUAUCCAACGCGAGACUUUAUCGUUCUACGAUCAAGACUGGUCUAGAUAAAUUCAUUCUCUACGAAUCAUACAUGUCCAAAAAGUGGAAACCACUUUAUGUCCAAGAUCUUCUAGAGGUAGAUGCAUGUGAAGGCAAGGAAAGGAAGAUAAGUACAAAGGUUCUUGCAGAUGUCGUUGAGGCCUUGAUUGGCGCUGCGUACCUAGAUGGAGGGAUGCCUAAAGCUUUGGCAUGCAUCAAACUUUUCAUCCCUGAAGUCAGAUGGCAUAGCCUAGAGUUUGCUUGCAGUGCUCUAUUCAACCAGACACCGAUGAGUGAAGUUCUUCCACCGGGCCUUGUUCCUCUCGAGGAGUUAAUAGGUUAUUCAUUCCGUAACAAGAACUUGCUUAUCGACGCAGCCACGCAUUCUUCUUUUGGUUUCGUCAACUCGGCGGGUUCCUGCAUGGAGCGUAUGGAGUUCCUCGGGGAUGCUAUCCUCGACAACAUUAUCACCUCAUUUAUUUGGGCACACAAGCGAGAAAUGUCCCAAGGAGAGAUGCAUCUCUUUCGCGUCGCCUCCGUCAACGCGGACCUACUCGGUUUCAUAGGAAUGGAAUGGUCCAUCCCCGAGGAGGUCACAGAGAUCUCCCAAGACGGGUUGGUUACCAUGGUGACUAAGAAGAAGAUUCCGUUUUGGAAGUUCAUGCGUCAUAUGUCGCAGGAACUGCGCAUAGCACAGAAUGUGGCAGAGGAGAAGCACAUGCUGGAGAGAGAUGCCAUACUGGACGUCAUCGGCCACGGGAAGACGUACCCGUGGACGCAGCUCGCGCACCUCCAUAUCCCCAAGUUUUUCUCCGACUUUUUCGAGAGCGUGCUCGGCGCCGUGUGGGUGGACUCCUCGGGAUGCAUGGACACGUGCGCGCGGGUCGUCGAGAGGGCAGGCAUUCUCCCGUACCUGCAACGCAUGCUCGUCGAAAACGUUGACACGCUGCACCCCAAGAACCGGCUCGGGCAGCACGCCGCAUUCAAGAGCCAAUCGGUCGAGUACCAGUCCGAGAUCCGUGAUGAUACCGCCGACGGGUCCGGCAAGAAGGAGUUGGUCUGCAGAGUGCUAGUCGCCGACGAGGUCAUCGUCGAGGUCGGCGGGGGCGUCAGUCGAGAGGAGGUUCUGACGAGGGCUGCGGAUGCGGCCUAUAAGAUUAUUAUUGAGAGAGAAAGGGGAAACGAGGUGGAGGCUAUGAAUGAUGAUGAUGAUGAUGUGAUGAAUGGAUAAUAAUAGAUUCUAGAUAGUGUUUUGAGCUUUUGUAUAGGUAAGCAAACCUGCCUUUGUCUACCUAGGUACCUAGACAUAAAGAGCUUGGAUAGGUGCCUACCUACCUAAGUUAAUACAAAUCUUCUAGAUUUCUCACAGCUUGUUGAUAUAGGCACUCUACAUAUCUUCACUAAGACUACCUAUGUAGUUUACCCCUUUUUCAAUUUCCUAGCUACAUUGUGCUCUAUGUAUCGUAACAUAUGAGUACUAAGGUAAGUAUCCAAGGCAUUUUAUUUCGUGACUAUUGCAUCAUCAUAGCUAUUACUUAUACAAAAAAUCCCUAAUGGUACUCAGACGGAUAAAGGAGUGGGUGAGGUUCUGGGUUAGGGUUAUUCGAUAUGAUGGACCAGAGGUGCUAAUUCGGGAAAUAGAUUUCCCUCGAGCCGAUCUGCAAGGAUACCCUGGGUAGGUACAUAGUCUACAUAGUACAUAGUUAGUACUACAUAGGUACUUAGUGUAACUGCUGAUCUAAAACCUGC